AUGGCAUCAGAACAGCACAGGAAACAGCUGGAAGAGCGAUUCGCUGCGAAACUCGGCCCUGAAGCGCUCCACGAGGGCUGGAGCUCCCUCCUCAGACUCGACCCUGAAUUCUUCAAUGCCAGUGUAUCUCUCGCCUCCGUGCCGCGCCAAAAGUCCCAUCUCUCACGCAAAGAUCAAGCCCUCAUUGGUCUUGCCGUCGACAGUGCUGCUACCCAUCUCUACACCCCUGGAAUACGCACCCACGUGGCAGCUGCAAUCAAAGAGGGAGCAACUAUUCACGAGGUCCUUGAAGUGAUUGAGCUAUCCAGUACUCUGGGCAUACACGCGUGCAACAUCGGCGUCCCCUUACUCGUCGAGGUCCUCAAGGAAGAGGGCAAGUACCACGACGAGAUCACCAAGCCCUUUGACGAGAAUCAGGAGAGGCUGAAGCAGGAUUUCACGGAGAAGAGGGGCUACUGGCAUACCUUUUGGGAGGACUUCCUAAGGUUGGAUCCCGAAUUCUUCGAGGCCUACCUAGAAUUUUCGAGUGUGCCCUGGGUUAAGAACGUGCCAGGUGGUGAGGCGGGUGGGAGAGGUGCACUGUCACCAAAGCUGAAAGAGUUUGUCUACUGUGCCUUUGACUGCGCCUCGACACAUCUCUAUGUCCCCGGCCUCAAGUUGCAUAUGAGGAAUGCGUUGGGUUAUGGCGCAACCCCGCAAGAGAUUGUGGAGGUGCUGGAGAUUGCCACACUCUUGAGCAUUCACACAGCGCAUGUCGCAGCGCCGAUCAUCGAGGAGUUGGCCUCUGGAAAAAAGGCUUAG